AUCAAAGCAGAGGGAGGCGUCAACUUGUUUGUCCCGGUUGCAAUUCAACAAUCCUGGCUGGAGCUGCUCGAAAAAGGCCGCAAUAGAACACUGUUGGACUUUGGGUUCUUCAGGCGUGAUGGUUACACCUUUGGGUACGAAGAUCAAGAGCUUACUGCCAAACUGGAGCACUAUCUGAAGCUCAACCGAUACGUUCCGAUUCUCGAAGCCAUGAAAGACGAGGAACGAGACCAUACCAUUGUGCAAGUGUUGGCCGAUGCAUCAGACGACGUUCCGUGCUUGUUUCAUGUUCUCCAGAAAUAUCCGUACGUCUGUUCACUCGCUUGA